AAAGUAUUUUGCGGGAAGCGGCUUCUGGUUCAAUUUGAGUUUUCAAAAUAGUGUUCAAAACAAACGCGCCAGCUACUCGUUCAAAUGAGUGCCAAAAAGGGCAGAAGAGCCCAAAUGCUCACGAAACCACAACAGGAGAGUCAGAAAGGUGCAUUCAAUGAUAUGGAUUCCCCGGACCUGUCCUCUAUUGACAGAGCCAGCUUCCUCGAGGGGCUGCAGCAGAAUUACGGUAACCCGCUGCACAGCACGGCCAUGGAGGACGAUCUGAAGGUCCCGGAGUUGAGUCGGAUGAACGGAGCCAAAGCUGGGAAAAAGGAAGUUCCUCAGACGGCGAAGACCUCUGUAGUGCAGCGUGGAGCUGCCGUGAAGAGGAAGGAGACGGAGCAGGAUGAGGAGGAGGAGGAGGAAGAGGAAGAAAAGAUGAAAAAGAGGAGCAGGAGGAUGACUGGAGGGACGAGGCCGGGGGACAAUCAACAGACGAAGGAAGGCAAGAAGAGAGGGAGUGAAACAGGAAGUGGAAAGUCCAGUGACGCUGCACCGAAGAAACCUGACGCUGCCCAGAAGAGAGUUCUGUCGUCUGAUGAGGAGGAGGGGGAUGAAGAUCGGAGUUGGAAGCCAAGUCCGAAGAAGGCCACGGCUUUACGUUUGGGAAGAAGCAGAAAGUCUUCGUCUAAGGGGCCGAAAACUAGAACGUCUUCAUCAGGCAGUGCCCCUGCAGAGCCAGAGGAGGCUAGCAGAGAGAAACAGAGGAGGAGCAGACAUGAUGGAGGCAGAGGAACAGAGUCCGAGGUGGUGCUGGAUGCCUUCUUGGAGUUCUGUGACCAGUACAGAGAGUCUGUGGAGUCUAAAGCAGUCAAACUGGCCAUUGAUUCUUUCUCCUCCAAUGUGAAAGAGCAGCUGCUGGAAAAGAUCUCUAAUUCCAAGGAGUUCAAGGUUCUAAAGAGAGACAACGCCAAGGUGGCCGCUUCCAUCCGCACAAAGACACAGAGACUGCUGGAUGCCAAAUAUGAGCUGAUGAGGGCGGAGAGGGAGACGUGGCUGAUGCAAAAGGAUAAAGCCGAGCUGAAGGUCCGGCUGGCCGAUCUGAGACGAGGCCAAGCCUUUCUGCAGGACUUCAGAGAGCUCAGCAGACGAUACCUGGACUACCGACACAAACACCCCAAAGAAAAAGAGACGAUGUUUUUUGGCGUACUGCUUCCUGUUCUCCUCCCUUCCAGUACGGGGCGUCCAGCUUGCCCGCUCUGCUAUUGGAGGCCAAGCAUAUUCAGACCGCACAGCACAGCUGACCAGAAAGCAACACAAAAAAAGUCUGGAGAAGAACAAGACUCUGAAAUAGCGCUCCACGCCAUACCUUACUCAAAAUGUCCACAGGUUAAGGGCUCAAAGACUACACAGAGCCACACUGAGGCCGUAUUAAAGCCUAAUCCAGGAAACGGCUUCACAUUUUGGGUUGAAUGUUGUGGUUCAGAUUUUAUUAUGUAUAUAUGUAUGCAAAAGAGUUCCUGUCCAUCCAGAUAAAAAAAUAAACAAAACUGUAAAUACAACAAAACUGGUUUGGUGUUGAAUGCUUGAAGUCAAAUUGUUUCCCUUAUUCUAGUUAAAUAUUUAUUCGGAGGAAUUCAAAGUGUAAUUAAAUACUGGG